UAUAAAAUGGUCAUACUAAUGCAGUACGAGAAAGUUGAGAAGAUCGGUGAAGGAACCUACGGUGUGGUUUAUAAGGCGCGAGACAAAGUGACGAAUGAGACAAUAGCUUUGAAGAAGAUCCGUCUGGAGCAGGAGGAUGAAGGUGUACCUAGCACAGCAAUUAGAGAAAUCUCCCUCUUGAAAGAAAUGCAGCACAGCAACAUUGUCAAGUUGCAGGAUGUAGUGCACAGCGAGAAGCGUUUGUAUCUGGUUUUUGAGUAUCUUGACUUGGAUCUCAAAAAGCACAUGGACUCAUCUCCUGACUUCUCAAAGGAUCUACACAUGAUCAAAACAUACCUUUACCAGAUUCUCCGUGGAAUUGCGUAUUGCCACUCUCACAGGGUUCUUCAUCGUGAUCUAAAGCCACAGAAUUUGUUGAUUGAUCGCCGCACGAACUCACUUAAGCUUGCAGAUUUUGGACUGGCCAGAGCAUUCGGCAUUCCUGUCAGGACAUUUACUCAUGAGGUGGUUACUCUCUGGUACCGAGCACCAGAGAUACUUCUAGGAUCUCAUCAUUACUCUACCCCCGUUGAUAUUUGGUCUGUGGGAUGCAUAUUUGCCGAGAUGAUUAGCCAAAAGCCCUUAUUUCCUGGAGACUCCGAGAUUGAUCAACUCUUCAAGAUUUUCAGAAUCAUGGGAACUCCACACGAGGAUACAUGGCCCGGGGUAACUUCUCUACCGGAUUAUAAAUCUGCUUUCCCUAAAUGGAAACCAACGAAAAUGCUGUUGAUGGAUCCGACCAAAAGAAUCAACGCAAGAGCUGCCCUGGAGCAUGAUUACUUCAAGGAUCUUGGCGGCAUGCCUUAG